AUGUCUAUCUUUUUUGAACCCCGAUCACACUGGGGGCAUCCUGCCUCGUUCAUGCAGCAGCCCACUCCAGCAAAUGCGGAAGACCAGCCAAGCGACGACAAUGCCGAACGUCCUGGACCCCGUUGUGGUGGACCUCACCACCACCGUGGACACCGCGGUGGUCCUCACGGUGGUCCCCGUGGUCAUCGAGGCGAUCCAUUCGGUAUGAGAGGAGGUUACUCUCAUCACCACGGCCAACGCGGAUUUGAGCACGGACAUGGACCAGGUCCUCGCGAAGAGGAGCCCUUCGGACCUAUGCGCUGGGGACGUGGAGGUUUGUUUGGACACCGCGGAGGCCACCAUCACCCUUACCACGGCUUCCAUCAUCGCCGUGGUGGUCGUGGAGGAGUACGCGUUGUUCCCAUUCCUCUCGGCGGACCUGCAACUGGUUUCGAUUUCCUGAAUCGGUUUGCCUCUGAAAUGGGCAACGGAUUCCAAGAUUUCCUGGCUGGCAACCGUGAAGCCAACGAUGAUAACAAGACCCAAGUUGACUUUGAGCCUCACGCUGACGUUUUCAAUACUGCAAACGAAUACGUCAUCCAUGUAUCCCUACCUGGCGCACAGAAACCUGAUAUCAGCGUGGAGUACGAUGCGCAGAAAUCAACUGUGCGAAUUGCGGGUGUUGUGCAUCGACCGGAAUUUAGUGAGGAGUUGAAUGCCGCCAUGGUCUGGAACGAGAGGCGUCGGGAAGUUGGCGUGUUUGAGCGCAGCUUCAAAUUUAUUCCGUCUGGUUCAGAGACCGUGGACGUUGAUGGGGAGAAUAUUACGGCCAAGAUGGUCGAUGGAGUACUUGUUGUUCGAUUGCCAAAGACGCAGCAGGAACAGGAGGAGAAGCAGAAUAAGAAGAUUGUCAUCAAUGAGGACGAUGAUCUCUACGACGCAGAUCCUGUCGAGAAGGAAACAAACGUCGAACGCAACACUGAAGAUGUUCCCACAGAUGAAAAACAUGCAUCAGUGGUCGAAGUACAAGACGAAAUGGACUCUAUGCACAUUACCAGCGAUACAGAGGCGGGKGAUUUGUUGGAGGAAGCAGAUCACAUAAUCUAUACACCGUCUCAUCUGUCUGAAGAAGAUGCCGAAGAAGCUGCAGAGUAUGUCAAGGUCGAUGCCAAAUAA